AUGAAGCCAGUGUUCCGUUUUGCCGCACUACUGCUCCUAAUAGUAGCGGUGUUGGCAGAAAUGGAUAUGAGUGGACCAAAAGAGUUCCAUCCGAAAGAUGCCGAGUUUAAGUCCUUCCAUUGGAUUUUCACUUUAGCAGUUCUAUUCAUGAUGCCUUCAAUUGCCUCGGUCUAUGCUUUUGCCCAGGUGGAACAUGUCGCAUCGAUCAUUCACUUGAUCUGUUUCUUGUAUUCGGCCUAUGAGUCGCUCUUCUUGGAUUUCCCCGAUAAUGUAGACAACCACGAGAAUAGAACCUCCAAGGGAACAAGUUGGUUUCUUACUUGGGAAUUGGGAGCCACUUUGUUUGUGGGAACUGCGGUCAAUGGCUCUAAUGUGUUGUUGAACCGGUGGUUCAAAGAGAAGUCCGAAUCCUACGCCUCGCUGCGUUUUCUUCGCAGAUUAUACAAAAUCUUGUCAGUGACAUCUGCUCUCACGGGCUGGGUGCGUGUUUGCUUGGCACCAGUAGCCUUGUUUGGGUUCUGUUACGGCGCUUCUACAGGCCAGUGUAUUGCCCACGGCAUUAUGGGCUCUGCGUUUAUUUUCUACGGUUUUAUCUUGGCCUGGGUCUUGGUGAUCCCAUGGAUUCGUAAGCAUACACUCACUCCUGGAGCCUCGGCGAAAAGCCAGGAAUUUUGGGAUUCUUCGCUUAUGUGUCUUUGGGGAAUUGUCAACACAUUCACUGAACAUAGAUGGGGCAAAGAGGGCUGGUCGCACGGAGAUUAUCAGCACACCGCGAUGGGUAUUAUUUGGUGGUGUGGAGGCUUACUCGGCAUGUGGCUUUCCCGUAAAAAUGGCCAAAGAAGCUUGGUCCCUGCGAUUCUCCUUAUUUUCACAGGCUACGCCAUGUCUCAACACGCGCAGCACUUGGAACUCUCUACCAAAGUUCAUGCAAUGUUUGGCUUGGUCCUCAUGGCUGGUGGAGCCAGUCGUAUCAUCGAGAUUUCUUUUCUUUUGAAGGAUAAGGGCUGUAGUCUGUCUGGCCAGAUACUUACCUUCCAGCAUCUCCCACCUUUGAGUCUUGUGAUGUCGGGGCUUUUGUUCAUGUCAGCCAACGAAGAACAGUUGCACCUUGUACAUGAUCUCGGCGCAGACCACUCAUCGUAUAUUAUGGUGGUUUGUGGUGCUGGUUUUAUGAUUUAUUUAUGGAUGCUUAUACUUCUAGCAUUGUACUUACAUCUAGUUGGUUACGACAACGAUGGUGAACUCACUCGCCAUGGCUAUGGUAAUCUUGCAUCUACUGAAGCAGCCGAGUUCGAAUUGUCUGAAAUGAGUGGCGACGAACAAGAGGAACGUCACUAA